UUAAGUAGUAAAAGUCACUUUUUUUUUUAGUUGUAGUGUUUCCAAAUCAGAUUGUGUAGCGUACAAAUAAUUUUAUAAAAGUUCAUCAAUUUUUCGGCUUCUUGGUGGCAAAAUUCUCAAUGUGUUUACUUUUCGGCCGUACUGCGUCACGUUCAAUGCUUUUAUAGAUAAUUAUAUAAUCACAAGAACCGUUAGUUACUUUCCCCAUUAUUAACAAAGAAACAAUAGCCCAGUGCAUUCGCUUUCGGCUAAAAAUUCACAAGUGUUAAAAAAGGGAAACAACAAAAAGAACUAAAUCUUGCAGCAACUGAAUCAGGAAAGUUAUUAGCAAUAGUUAUCAAUAGAAAUGAAAAUUAGUUCCAUAUUCAAAAAGACAUUGUGAGGAAAGAAAGGCCCCUAAAAACACACAAACAUAGAAGCUAGACGACAUCGACGGCAAUUUUUCAAGCUGGAUCCACGGCAUUGAUACCGAGAUCUACGAUAUCGCAGCGCAUAUAUGCUUGUUUGCAGCACUAUAAAGAGGUUUUGUGAGGAUCCACGCGAAGAGUGCCGAUACGAAGAGUGGAAUUGAUUGAUUCAUCUAUUGGAGACGAAAUGCUAAGUUCAUUGGACGCCCUGGCCGGGAAGAUUGCCGCCGCCACGCCCGGAACGGGUGCGGUUUCGGCUGAGAGCAAGACGCAGCAGGCCUUGCACCACCACCACCGACUCGAUUACGAUUACUCGGCUGUGGAGAUUGAGCCGCCGGCGGAGCAGUUGGCCAAUUCGCCGAGAAACGAGCGCGAACGACUGCAACAGGCCCAGCAGGCCUACGAGCAGCAGGCGCAGGCUGAGCUGGAGUUCGGACUGGCAGAGGUGGACACCAAGCUGACCCAGCUGAAGAGCAGCCACAAUCUCAACAGUCACAGUCACCACCUCCACCACCCGAGUCACCACACCCCAAGCCACCUCCAACAACAAGCACAACACCAGCAACAGCAACAGUCACAGCAACACCAACAGACACAGCAGUUGCAGCAACAGCCACACAGCAGAUCGUUGCAACGGCAUCCCCAUCACCACCAACACCAAGUACACCAUCAUCAGCCGCACCACAAUCAUCACCACCCCUACCACCGACCUCGCCCCACCUCGCCCCAUCCCCCGCAGCAGUCGACCUACCAGCAGCAGCUCUCCCAGCUGGUCGCCCUGCAGGAUCACCACGAGAUGCUGCAGUCCCAGCAGGAGCUGUUCCAGAAGCAGCUGGCCAACAUGCAGGAGUACCAGCGGGAGCGGGAGCGCGAGCGUGAACGCGACCGAGAGCAGCGGGAAAGGGAGCGUGAGCGUGAGCGGAAUGGAGGCUUUAUCGACAAUACCGACUACGAUUCGCAGCCGGAAUUCAAAAUAGUCCUGAGGGAUAGUGCAUUUGGUAUGAGCGACAAGAGCAGCAGUGCCACCAACAGCCUCCCGAAUAGUCCCAUUCACAGCAACAACAACAAUCCGUCGCUGCUGAACAACAACAACGUUAGCAGCAACAGCCUGAACGGAGGUGGCAGCUGCAACAACAGCAACAACCCGAGCUUGGGCAACAGCUGCAACGCGCUAGUGCGUGUGGGCAGCAACGGGAUGAUGUCCGCCGGAUUGGUCAACAACAACAAUCCGUGCAGCGCCAACCGUAAUGUCGUGGCCAUGGACGAUGACUCCUGCUUCCGCAUGGACGCCGAGACCGCCGUCGUCACCUACGGCGAGAAGGAGCCCGAUCCGGACAACAUUAAGAUGUUCGUCGGCCAGGUGCCGAAGUCAAUGGACGAGUCGCAGUUACGCGAAAUGUUCGAGGAGUACGGCCCGGUGCACUCCAUCAAUGUGCUGAGGGACAAGGCAACCGGAAUUAGCAAGGGUUGCUGUUUUGUGACGUUCUAUACGAGACGCGCCGCCCUGAAGGCCCAGGAUGCUUUGCACAACGUUAAGACGCUGAAUGGGAUGUACCAUCCUAUUCAAAUGAAACCCGCCGACAGCGAGAAUCGCAAUGAACGUAAACUUUUUGUGGGAAUGCUAAACAAGAAGCUGAACGAGAACGACGUGCGCAAACUAUUCGAAGUCCACGGUGCCAUUGAGGAGUGCACAGUGUUGCGGGAUCAGAACGGCCAGAGCAAGGGUUGUGCCUUUGUUACAUUCGCCACCAAACACGCCGCCAUCUCGGCCAUUAAAGUGACGCUUAGCCAAAACAAGAUCAUGGAGGGCUGCACUUCUCCGCUGGUUGUCAAGUUUGCCGAUACGCAGAAGGAAAAGGAGCAGAAGAAGAUCCAGCAGAUCCAGGCCAACCUGUGGAACCUGGCCAGCAACAUCAACAUACCCCUGGGCCAGACGGCCACCAGUGUGGCCACACCGAUACUGCCCAAUCCGCCGCAGCAGCCGUCACCAGUCCUAGGAGCCGAUGCCAUAACCCCGGCCUCCAUCCAACUGUUGCAGCAGUUGCAGGCGGUUGGGUUGCAGCAGCAGCUAUUGCAAGCCUUGACCGGUCUGGGAGCCACACAACAGAGCAGCUCGGCCACGGACACGAGCGCUGCUGCCGCCGCUGGACUUUUGACCCCGAUGACCGUCCAGAACUUGGCAGCCAUCGCGGCCAUGACACAGCCGAGUCUCUCAAACGCUGCCGCAGCCGCCGCGGCUGCCACAUCGCCGGGAAGUGCACAGCUCACCAACACGGCCGCUCUGCUCUGGUCUGAUCCGAAUCCCUUGGCAUCGGCGUACAUGUCGACAGCCACUGGCCUACCGCAAUUCGGUAGUGCCAGUGCAUUGUCCACUUCCCCGUUGGCCAGCGUUGCUCUGAGUGCCGCGGCGGCUGCAGCUGCCGGAAAGCAGAUUGAAGGACCCGAAGGCUGCAACCUAUUCAUUUACCAUCUGCCGCAGGAGUUUACAGACACGGACCUGGCCUCCACGUUCCUGCCCUUUGGCAACGUGAUCUCCGCCAAGGUGUUCAUCGACAAGCAAACUAGCUUGUCCAAGUGCUUUGGCUUCGUUUCGUUCGACAAUCCGGAUUCGGCCCAGGUGGCCAUUAAGGCGAUGAACGGAUUUCAGGUGGGCACCAAGCGCCUGAAGGUCCAGCUGAAGAAGCCCAAGGACGCCUCCAAGCCGUACUGAUUGUACGCCCAACCAUACUGGCAGCCCUACGAUCGACAUCGAGCGGAAGCGAGAAGAGUUCGGAGAUUUGUGAAAUAUGGAGUAGUCAAUAAAUGAAGAGUUGCCGUGUAGAGCGCGCGCGUUGCAAGAGUAAGCGAGGAUGCAAAUGCCAACGUUGUACGUAUCAUAAAAAUUCAAAAAAAAAAAAACAAAAAAUCAAAAGUAAAAAAAUCAAACUGCAACAAAAAAAGACAUGAAACCUGUGCCAAAAAGACAUUACUGCUUAUGAUUUAGCACUUUAUAUGUUGAAUUAAAAAAUACAAAAAAAAACUUUAAAAAAAAGAAAAGAAAAAAAAAAGAAACGAAGAAUACACAACUCUUAGAUCAUAGUUUAGUUUAGUUUCUGUUGAAGUUCCCUUACAUCCGAUCUUUUACGACUUGUUUUUCUUAAUUUUAAACUGUCGUACAAGAUGGUAGAACCAUUACAUUUUUUAUUAAAUAUUUUGUACACAUUUUCAUGACUCACAAACGAAAGCAAAAAUAAAAAAUAUACAAAAUGCAAAGAUCUGUUCAAGUGUUAGCCUUAAGUUUUUGAUAUCUGAUAAUUUUUAUACGCACUCUUUCUUUGUUCGAUUUGUUCAUAUCUCAUGUUGCAAGUCACAAUGAAGUUCAUACUUAUUACAAUAUGUACUUGGUAUAUAUUCUAGCAUUAGUUACAAGUUACUCGUUUUGUUCAAUGGAUUAUCUCUCACUAUAAAUAGCCACAUGCCGCUGAGCAUAAUUAGUUUUUAGUUUCUUGAUUUGUUAUAUCUAUCCCAAACCUAACACAUUUUUUAUUUGUACUGAAAAAAGAAAUGUUUUUGUUACACCCCACUCUAUUAGAGCACCCCUAUUAUAAAAACUUAUAUUUUAAUGAAUGAACCAAAUUCAUAUGCUUUUAUUUGUUAAAUAUGCCACUUGUAAAAAACGCAUAAAAACAAGAAAUCAAAUGAAAUCAGCAAAAAGGAAUAUGUUGUUAUUAUUUAUUUUGAAGUUAUUACUUUUCAUGAAGUUUAUUAUUUAGUUUUUUAUUUCUACAAUUUUUCGCUUAACCCCCAAGUUUAUAAGAAUCUGGUAUAAAACCAUAAAAACAUAUAUGAUUUAUCGCUUUGUAAACUUUUUGUUUCUUUAACUCUCUGUCGUUGCACAAUUUGAAGUACCCUAGUGCAUAGUGUAUCUUACAAUGUUUAUGUAAAGUAUCAUAUACACAACACAUGUAAACACAUCAUACAAUAAUAGCAUACAUAUCUAAAUAAAGUUUUGUUCUCUGUUCAAAUGCACAAA